UACGAAACUUUCAGUAGUGCCAUUGUGCUUGUAUACUUUGUCUCUUUGUCUUAAAUGCGCCGCAUUGAAUUUAUCUCGUUGCGCAAUUGGAGAAUAAAUGCUGUAAAGAUUGAAGCUUUUGCGACGGCUUUACCGUCUGCCUUUAAGGCGUAUCUAACUUGCGGGCUUGCUCGCUGGGCUAUCCCGGCCCAGGAGAGUGGAGAGAUGUCAAUACGGACGGCGGUCCAUCGUCUCAUACAAAAUGGUCGUAUUGUACUACGCUCAUUACGAAAUAACGAUCGGGUACCUUCUAGAGGAUACACGGACAAGCAUCUUGACAAGAUACACGGUACACAGACAGGCAAAUCCCAGAACAGCGGCACUUGCCGAAAUAGUGGCAAUGUAUGGAGUACGAGGAGACAUCUUGAUUAUCUAGGAACACAUGCUCGACGCAUUUUUGUUGACAAUAUUUUGAAGAGAGUGACCAAUAGUCUUGCGGCAGAUUUACGAAGACGCACAGCGACUAGACUCGUCUUUGGCGAUUCGGCACCAUUUUUUGCACUUGUUGGUAUAUCACUAGCGUCAGGUACAGGAAUAUUGACAAAGGAUGAUGAAUUAGAAGGAGUAUGUUGGGAAAUUCAGGAAGCAGUUUCGAAACUACAGUGGAAUAUGCCGCAAAAUGACAAAAAUUAUCUAACCUUUUCUACUGAUGAAAAUGCUGUUACUUUACAAAAUUUCGUAAUGGGACCUAUAAUUGCUAAAGGUUGUUCUGCCGCUGUAUACUCAGCACGAUUUGUAAAUACAAUACGGAACAAUGAUAAUUCGAUAGUUACUGAUGUUGAAACAGAAGAUACAAAUGUAUUCCCAUUAGCUAUAAAAAUGAUGUUUAAUUACGACACGGAAUCCAAUUCCGCGGCUAUUCUGAAUGCCAUGUAUAGGGAAACGGUGCCCGCAAGAAAAUAUGGAAACGAUAACUUAACCAUUUUGGAACAAAAAUUAACGGAGAAUAAAGUCUCGUUACCACCUCAUCCAAACAUUGUAGCGAUGUAUUAUGUUUUUACCGACAGAAUUCCAAUAUUACCAGGUUCUUGGAGAAUAUAUCCUGAUGCUUUACCGAGUAGAAUCAAUCCUCAUGGAUCGGGCAGGAAUAUGAGUUUGUUUUUAGUGAUGAAAAGAUACGACACCACUUUAAAGCAAUAUAUAUCGAAUCGAAAUGUUGACUUACGAGUGUCAAUAUUAUUGCUUGCUCAGCUUCUGGAAGCAGUAACUCAUAUGAACGCAAACGGCAUAGCACAUCGAGAUCUGAAAAGUGACAAUAUUUUACUCGAUCUAUCAGAAGAAACCGAUAAUUGUCCAUCCUUAGCCGUAACAGACUUUGGUUGUUGUCUGGCCGAUAAAAAUUACGGGCUGUACCUGCCGUACAACACUCACGAUAUCGAUAAAGGUGGCAAUAUCGCGUUAAUGGCACCAGAGGUAAUAAUGGCGGAACCGGGUGCUUUUACCAGUAUAAACUACACCAAAGCUGAUCUCUGGACAGUGGGAACUAUUGCGUAUGAAAUAUUUGGACUGCAAAAUCCAUUUUAUGGCGAAAAGAAUGAGGUCGCUUUGAAGAACUAUAAUUACACUGAAAGUGAGCUUCCCCCAUUACCGGAUGAUGUUCCACCUAUUAUUAACACUAUUAUAAAAAAUGCAUUGUUAAAAAAUGUACGCAAGCGACUUGAUAGCGAACUGGCAGCGACUGUAAUGCAACUAUAUUUAUGGGCACCUAGCUUGUGGCUGAAAAGCGAAGAACAAUUACCGUCGAGCAACGAGAUCAUGCAAUGGCUUUUAUGCUUAACCACAAAAGUUCUUUGCGAAGGACGGAAAGAAAAUUUGCCCUCAUUUUAUGAAUCACCUGUUGACACGAAAGACGAUAUCGAUAAACAUAAUGCAUAUAAACGAACACUUUCGAUGCAUUCUUGUGGAAGACGCACGAUGCCGGAGUAUCAAUUAAUUGCAAGCUUUCUUAGCAGGGUAACACUUACUAACGUUAAAAAUGCGUUAAAAUGGAUACAACGAAAUAUAUAACUGAAGACUGUAUGUACGUGCAUAUACAUGCAAAAUUCGAUCGUAGUAAAAUUUAUUUGCCUUUAACAUAUCAAAUAAUAAUUCCAAACAUCGAAUUUGAUAAAUUUAGAAUAUACUUAAAUACCUUUAAAUUUCUUUUUUCUAUUCUACUUCUUUUAAAGUUUAUAUUGCUAUUUUCGUAUUUGGAUUUUUAAUAUAUGGUUUUGCUACUUCAGGAAACACAAAAGGGCAAAGAAACAAUAUUUUAAACUAGAAAUAUAUGAUGCAAAUAAAAUUUAUCUUCAAAUUAGUAAAUUAUUAACUACUUAGCAUGUAUGUAAACCCUUUUGUGAUUUCAGUACCUUAUAAUUAAGUGCAGUGAUGUAUUUUUAUGUAUUUAAUUUGUACAUUAGAAUUUAUAUAUAUUUAUUUUUGAUGAACAUUAUUACUAAUAAAUAUUGAAAGAUGAAAUAAAGAAAUUAAUAUUACAAUUAUAAUCAAAAUAUAUUGUUUGUGAUAAUGCACAAAUAUUAUAUAUUUUGAUAUGAAACUAAGGUAUGUUGUCGAUGAUGUGGAAAUAUAUGUUCGUUGUUAACACAUUGGCACACUGAUGAUAUUAAUCGAAAAUUUAAUAAAUGAUAUAUUUUUAAUUCACCUGUC